AUGGCGAGUGCUGUACGCAAGAAACUUGUUAUUGUUGGAGAUGGUGCAUGCGGAAAAACUUGUUUACUUAUUGUAUUCAGCAAAGACCAGUUUCCCGAAGUUUAUGUCCCUACUGUAUUCGAAAACUAUGUUGCAGAUAUCGAAGUUGAUAACAGACAAGUUGAAUUAGCUCUUUGGGACACUGCUGGCCAAGAAGAUUAUGAUAGGUUACGGCCACUUUCUUAUCCUGAUACGGAUGUAGUUCUGUUGUGUUAUAGUAUUGAUUCUCCUGAUAGUUUUGCAAACAUUGAGGAGAAAUGGUUACCAGAAGUAGAUACCACGAGUUUAUAA